AUGUUCAAAUACCUCAUAAAUGCCCGGCGGAGCGGUCGCACCCAUGCACUCACGCCCCAUCUAUCCUUCAGGGCUGCCACAUCCAGAAACAUAGUAACAACCUCUCCAAAACAGCACCGUUUAUUCCACAGACGACUUAGACGACUUCUUCGAACAUACACUAGUGAAACAGUGACACAGUCACCAGCUACUCGAAUCCUUCCUACCAUCCAAGACGAGCACCGCGAACUUAGAGACCACGCGCACAAAAUCCUGAACUCAGCCAAUCCAGACGAGCAAAUCAGAUACCAAGCCCUUCUCACCUGGGAAUUAGCACGACACGUCGUUAGUGAAGAGUUAGUCGUCUACCCAGCCCUCUCCAAACACGUAGACGAUGGCCAAGACAAAGCAGACAAGCGCCGCAUCGAGCACCAAACGAUAAAGGAGCAACUCAAUGCGUUUCAGGGACUCCGGGCGACAGAUCCGCGAUUUGCACCGACUCUUGAAGCCUUGCUAGAUGACUUGGAAUAUCAUUUCAAGCAGGAAGAGAGCAGUGAUCUCCCAGCGCUGGAGGAUGCGUUAUCUCAGGCCGAUAGCGCGGCGUUGACAAAGUCUUUGGAUCGAACGAAGAUGUUUGUACCUUCUCGAUCGCACCCUUUGGCGCCAAUUAGGCCGCCCUUUGGGACGGCUGUAGGGCUUUUGACUGCGCCGAUGGACCUGGUUGCCGAUAUCUUUCGGAAGUGGCCGCAUCCUGAGAAGAGCUAA